AUGGAGGAGUCUCAUCUCGAACGCGUGUGCCUUGUCACGGUCGGUGCGACCACAGGUUUUACAAAACUCGUUGAAUCGGUACUCCAACCUAGUUUCUGGCAAUACCUGAGUUCACAAAGGUUCACUGGACUGCGCGUCCAAUGCGGCCCCGACAUUGUCUGGGCGAGCAAACAACUUGCCGGUCGCAAAGACGAUGUUCCAUCGGGUCUAUAUAUCGACCUAUUUGCUGCCAAGAAAAAUCUUAUGAAGGAGGAAAUGUCAUUAUGCAAGGAAGCUGAUUGCAAGAGACAACUCGGCCUCGUGAUUUCUCAUGCCGGUACUGGAACAAUCCUUGAUGCCUGGAAGAUGGGAUUGCCUCUCAUCGUGGUGCCAAAUAAGCAGCUCCUGAAUGACCACCAGACUGAGAUGGCCAGACAUCUCUCUAAGGAGGGAUAUGCAAUUAUGAGCUCUGGAAGUACCGGGGAUCUUGAAGAAGCUAUCCAUAAGGUGGGACUUCUCUGGGAGGAGAACAAGACUCGCUGGCCUCCUCACAUUGUCCCCUCCCAGCAGCCCAAGAGGCUUCGCUUGUGGGAUCUCGCCCCUGAAGAAGUCGCCAAAGAACAGAACGCCACGAUGGUGCAUGAUUAG